UACGUCACUUCCUGCGCGGCAGAAAGGCGCUCACCAGCCUGCAGCUAAACUUACCAACUUCAUGCGUCUUCGUCACUGACAAAUUCAUCCGCCCUGGGGUCAGAUUGAUUCGCUGAUUCACGGAUGCGCAUUGCCUGUGUUUGGCUGACCCCACGCUGAGACAGUACACUUGACAGGGCAAGUUUUGAUGAAGUAGUUUGCUUUCCUGGCUAAUUUCGCUAGCCGCUAUCGUUAGCAGGGGAGGUGCAGCACUAGAAGUGUACGCGUCCAAACUUAUGCCACUUUUGUAACGUAAAUGAUCAGCUGCAAGCCUGCCUGAGUCAGGUGAUUAGAUGUUGCUGGCUGUCUGAAUUAGUGGGUGACUGUGAAGUGGAUUAGCCGUCAUGUCCCAGCAGCUGACCGUGGAGCAGCAGCGCAAGAUUGAGGAGAACAGGCAGAGGGCUUUAGAGAGGAGAGCCCAGAGGCUUGGCCAGACUGUCGCCAACAGUAAGCAAAACCCAGCAGGCAACCACUGCCAGUCAAAAAACUCUAACCAAAAUGAGCCUGCUGGCCUCACUCAUCACAGAGGGACGACCACCGGCUCAGCUGGUCCACCUGGACGUUUUGUACCACCCUUUAAAAAAGUCCUGGAGAACCAUGCCAGUCAAAACCAAGACACAAAGCCUCAGCAUUCACCUGGCUUUGGGAAACAAACCGGGCACGGCAUUCAGAAACAGGUACAGCUUAUAGACCCCCUCCCUCAGUCAAAGAGUCAACAGGUGAGCGGCUCUGGUUUGUCAGGUGGAGGCAGCUCCAGUGUGAAACCGCCUGAGCACAGGCCUGACUCUGCCGGUGCGCUUGGCUCAUUCCACAAGCAGAGUACUAAACGUGCCCAAAGUCCUGUGGCACAGCCUUCCUCCAGCUCGUCAACGGUGAACAGCAUACCUGCGAAAAAGCCUGCCAUCUCUGUCAGAGGAAAAUGUGUGCUUCACUCAGAGGAUCGCUUCCGAGUAGAAGUGAGCUACCAUGCAGAGCUAAUUGCUGUUUUCAAAACCAUCCCCUCCAAGAGCUACGACCCUGCAACAAAGAUGUGGAUGUUCAGUCUUGAGGACUAUCGACUGCUAAUGGAGGAAGCAGCUGCUAUCCCCUCUGUGUCCUUGAAGCCUCUGGAGGGCAUGGAGGCCGUGGAUGUGUCAGCGGCCUCUAGUCGCGCUCGUGAUAGUGCAGCAUUGGGGCCAUUGCUGAAGCUGUGCAGUGGCUGGCAGAAACCAGGAGCCACCGUCCAGGGCCAGUGCAUUAUGGUGUCUCCAUCGAGAUUUGAGGUAGACAUCGGGUACCAUGUGGACGUCAUUGCCGCAUUCAAGCAAAUGCCAACAAAGAACUACGACAUGAAAACAAGGAAGUGGAGUUUCUCACUGGAGGAUUUCAAAAGACUCAUGGAUGGCCUCAGUGGGAUAGCAGCAGUGGAGGUGGAGCCACUGCCCAGGGCAAUAAUCCAGGCCUUCGCUGCCAGGUUUGACGGGACUCAGGCCAGGUCUUUAGAGGUCCCUGAGGCAGACCUCUCCAGCAUCGAGCCUUCGCUCACCCGCAGCCUCAUGCCCUUCCAGAGGGAGGGAGUCAACUUUGCGGUGUUUAAAGAAGGCCGUCUCCUCCUGGCUGAUGACAUGGGCCUGGGGAAGACGGUGCAGGCCAUCUGUAUAGCCGCCUACUACAGAAAGGAGUGGCCCUUGCUGGUGGUAGCUCCCUCCUCUGUACGAUUCACCUGGGCCGAGGCUUUCAGACGCUGGCUUCCAUCAGUGAGUCCUGACAGCAUCAAUGUGGUGGUGAAAGCCAAAGACAACAUGCGCUCUGGAUUGGUCAACAUCAUCAGCUAUGACCUCCUGGGCAGGAUGGACAAGCAGCAGCUGGCCAGUCCCUUUAAUGUUCUCAUCAUGGAUGAGUCUCACUUCCUGAAGAACAUAAAGACUGCCCGCUGUAAAGCUGCUCUGCCCCUGCUGAAGGCGGCGAGGAGAGUGAUCCUCCUGUCUGGGACCCCUGCCAUGUCCAGACCCUCGGAGCUCUACACCCAGAUUCUGGCUGUCAGACCUACCCUCUUCCCACGGUUCCACGAGUUUGGGCUGCGCUACUGCGAUGCCAAACAGCUGACUUGGGGCUGGGACUACUCAGGCUCAUCUAAUCUUGGGGAGUUAAAGCUGUUGCUGGAGGAGUGUCUGAUGCUGCGCCGCCUCAAGUCUGACGUCCUCUCCCAGCUGCCGUCUAAACAGCGCAAGGUCGUCACAGUGACCAUAGAUGGGGUCAACGCCCGCAUCAAGGCCGCGCUCUCAGUUGCAGCCAAAGAGCUGGCCAAGGGACAUAACAAUAAGAUGAGGGAGAAGGAAGUCCUGCUCAUCUAUUACAGCCACACGGCCGAGGCCAAGACACAAGCCAUUAUGGAAUACAUCACAGACAUGUUGGAGUGUGGACGAGAAAAGUUUCUGGUUUUUGCCCAUCAUAAGUUAGUCCUGGAUCACAUCACCAACGAACUGGGGAACAAGAACAUCAGUUACAUCCGUAUUGAUGGGGCCACCCCGUCAGCCGAGCGGCAGCAGCUGUGUGACAAGUUCCAGCAUUCGACCAGGAGCUGCGUUGCCGUGCUGUCUAUCACCGCGGCCAACAUGGGCCUCACCCUGCACUCCGCUGACCUGGUGGUCUUCGCCGAGCUCUUCUGGAACCCCGGGGUCCUCAUCCAAGCAGAGGACAGGGUGCACCGCAUCGGCCAAACCAGCAAUGUGGACAUUCACUACCUGGUUGCCAAAGGAACUGCUGAUGAUUACCUGUGGCCCAUGAUCCAGGAUAAAAUGAAUGUGUUGGAGCAGGUGGGCCUGUCCGAGUCAAACCUCUCAGACAAAGCAGUGAACGCCAGUUUCCACUCUAAGGACCCUCAGCAGAGGACUAUCACAGAGAUGUUCCAGAGGUCUUUCACGGAGGACGAUGACAUGGAUGAGGCCAUCUUACUGGAGGCUGUGAACGACUGGGAGGACAGCCACACCGGCCGACAAGACGCCCCAGUCAAAGAAAGCCCCAGCAAACAGAGAUGCAUUAAAGACUAUUUCACGAAAUGAAUCAGGAAAUCGCUCUUCCCACACUGAACUUUGUUUUGCUCCUUUUAACAGGUUCAGGUUGUGUGGAGUCAUCGCCCAUGAUCUGUUAUUAUGGCAUGGACUUAUUUUGUCUUGUAUAUGCUAACAGUUUCUUCAUUUAUUUUAUGUAAAUAAUGCUAUAAUAAACCUGUAUUUUUGUCAGCUGAGAUAAAUAAAUGUAUUGACUGAGAAGUGAUUCAGUGGAACACA